AAUCAGCGGAGCAGUAGAGGAAACGGGAGGGCCGGACCGGCCCGGCCGCCUAGGAAGCGUUCACCUAUCGCGGUGAAGAGGCCAUCAGGAGGUAAUCGAUGUCCGGGCGCUCGGCGAUAGUUUUACUCACAAAGAAAAAACACCUAAAAUACAAAAGAGCCUUUGGGGUCCGGAGAGCGAACCCGUCCGGACGCCAUCAUGGAUCCCCUGCUGUGUUUAGCCGGCGUGGUGGUCACGUUCCUGCUGUGGAUCAGAAUCAAGGGUCUCGAUUACGUCAUCGUCCACCAGCGGUGGAUAUUCGUGUGUCUGUUCCUGCUGCCGCUCUCCGUCGUGUUCGACGUGUACUACUAUGUGCGCGCGUGGCUCAUUUUCAAGAUGUGCUCCGCGCCCAAGCUGCACGACCAGCGCGUGCGUGACAUCCAGCGACAGGUGCGCGAGUGGAAGAAGGACGGCAGUAAGACCCACAUGUGUACGGGUCGCCCCGGCUGGCUCACCGUGUCCCUCAGAGUGGGGAAGUACAAGAAAACCAGCAAGAACAUCAUGAUCAACAUGAUGGACAUUCUGGAGGUGGACACGAAGAGGCAGGUGGUGAGAGUCGAGCCGCUGGCCAACAUGGGUCAGGUGACCGCUCUCCUCACCUCUAUUGGCUGGACGCUGCCGGUGCUGCCCGAGCUGGAUGACCUCACCGUGGGUGGUUUGGUGAUGGGCACCGGCAUCGAGUCGUCCUCUCACAUUUACGGGCUGUUUCAGCACAUCUGCGUCGCGUUCGAACUGGUCCUAGCUGACGGCAGCUUGGUGCGCUGCACCGAGGAGGAGAACUCGGACCUGUUCCACGCCGUCCCGUGGUCCUGCGGCACCCUGGGGUUCCUGGUCGCGGCCGAGGUUAAAAUAGUCCCCGCCAAACCCUGGGUGAGGCUGCGCUACGAGCCGGUCCGGGGGCUGGAGAACAUCUGCAAGCGCUUCACCGACGCGUCGAAGAACAAGCAGAACACGUUCGUGGAGGGCCUCCAGUACGGCCGGGACGCCGCCGUCGUCAUGACGGGGACCAUGACGGACCACGCCGAGCCGGAUAAGAUCAACAGAAUCGGCCUUCACUUCAAACCCUGGUUCUUCAAACACGUGGAGGGCUACCUGAAGAGGGACCAGGAUGGAGUCGAAUACAUCCCCCUCAGGCAGUACUAUCACAGACACACGCGCAGCAUCUUCUGGGAGCUUCAGGACAUCAUCCCCUUCGGCAACAACCCGAUAUUCCGCUGGCUGUUCGGCUGGAUGGUUCCUCCCAAGAUCUCGCUGUUGAAGCUCACGCAGGGGGAGACCAUCCGGCGGCUCUACGAGCAGCACCACGUGGUCCAGGACAUGCUGGUUCCCAUGAAGAACCUGCAGGCGGCCAUCACGCACUUCCACCAGAACAUCGACGUGUAUCCUCUGUGGCUGUGUCCCUUCCUGUUGCCCCCGGGCCGAGGCAUGGUCCACCCCAAAGGUCAGGAGGAGGAGCUGUACGUGGACAUCGGAGCCUACGGGGAGCCCAAAGUCAAACACUUCGAAGCCAAGGCGUCCACGCGGCAGCUGGAGAAGUUUGUCAGGGACGUGCACGGGUUCCAGAUGCUGUAUGCAGAUGUGUACAUGGGCCGAGAGGAGUUCUGGGAGAUGUUUGACGGACGGCUGUAUCACCGGCUGAGAGAGGAACUCGGCUGUAAGGAGGCCUUCCCGGAGGUCUACGACAAAAUCUGUAAAUCCGCCCGACACUGACCCACCCCCACCCCCACCCCCCACGUCACCGAUGGAUGUUUCAACUAAAUACACACAAACUGCAUCAUGUGUACGAGCUAACCGGUUAUUUUCAUCAACUCAAGCCGCGUCUUUAAGAGGCAGUGAAGCAGGAGCACAUGUAUUGUAUGUCGUGAAUGUAUUUUCUUUACACAUUUAGCUUAUUUCAACAUUCAUUGUUCAGAUACAUUUUCUGUAAAUUGUAUUUUGUGUGUGUGUGUAUUUUCUGCACUGUUUAACAACCUGAUCCAGUGUUUCUCACGGACCUUUUUAACAGAUUUCUACACACCUUUUUCUGACUGGUCAGCCUUACCUACAAGUGCCAUACACCAAAACAUGACUUUCUAAUUAGAGGCUUGCACAUAUUUUUAAAUAAACUUUUGUAAUAAAUAUGAAAAAGAGAAACCCCCCAAAAAAUCAUAUCACCCGGACUCUCGUGUUUUUUAAAGUAUAUUCUGAAGUUGCACAGACAGUCAAAACUAAUGUAUUUGCUCUGAGUGGAUUUUUGUUUUCUUUUAUUUAAAUAACAGCAGUGUAAAUCUGAUAACUUGUCCUUCUGCAUCCUUCCACGUCAAAUAAACUGAUAUGCGCAUCAAUA